GUUGCAGUAUAUGCAUUAGCUGUUGUCUGUGUUCAGUUUCCUGCAGGCUGACAAAGUGGGAGGGGCUUUGUUUGAUUCAUAGCUGAGUUUUCACUGUGUGAGUUCUUGAGUGCACAUUGCAGCCAUCUUAAUUACACUUUAGUGCAACUGAGACAGUGCAGCUGUCUCAAAAUGGCUGCUAACCUAGUCUUUGUAGCUGCUUAGGCAGCAACUAUGCCAGUGAGGAGACUUGUCACAUGCAUCAGGACCAGAGAUUCAAAAUGGAUGGUAUAGAAGAACCUCAGAAAAAAGUCUUUAAGGCUCGAAAAACGAUGAGAGUGAGUGAUCGUCAACAACUUGAAGCAGUGUACAAGGUCAGAGAAGAACUGUUGAAAACUGAUGUCAAGCUAUUAAAUGGCAACCAUGAAAAUGGAGAUUUGGACCCAACCUCACCUUUGGAAAAUAUGGAUUAUAUUAAUGACAAGGAAGAGGUGAAUGGUAUUGAAGAGCUUUGUUUUGACCCUGAAAAAAGUAAAUCAGAAUGGAAAGAAACACCUUGUACCUUAAAUAUUAAUGUAAAAAACAAGCAAGAUGAUGAUUUAAAGUGUGAAUCUUCAUCUCCUAAUAAUGUAGCUCCUGAACUAGCCUCUAAACUGACUGCUGAACCAACUUCUGAUCCAGCCGCUGGUGAUCUGGCUACUGAAGAUCUGGUCUCUGGAGAUUCAGCCUCUGGAGAUGUGGCUUCUGAAGUAUUAACCUCUGGUGAUCCCACCUCUGGUGAUCCUGCCUCUCAUAAUUUCACCUGUAGUGAUCCUGUCUCUGGUGAUCCCGCCUCUGGUGAGCCUGUCUCUGGUGAACCCGUUUCUGGUGAAUCAGUCUCUGGUGAACCGGUCUCUAGUGAACUGGUCUCUGGUGAACCGGUCCCUGGUGAACUGGUCUCCAGUGAACCAGUCUCCAGUGAUCCAGCCUCUGAUGAUUCAUCCUUUGGUGAUCCAGCCUCUGGAGCAUUGACCUCUGAUGAUCCAGCCUCUGGUGAUCUGGCCUCUGGUGAUCCGGCCUCUGAUGAACCGACUUCUGAUGAACUGACUCCUGAGUCAGCCUUUGAUCCCACUUUUGAACCAAGUUCUGUACCAGUUUGUGAAUCAGUUCCUGAAACUGACAAUAGAGAGUUUAGUAGCAAUAAAGGUGAUGAUUUUCUUGAAAAAAAUAGGGAUGAUGAUAAGUUAGAUCAAAUUUUCUCAUUUGAUGAGAAAAAUAAAGUUGAUAGUAAUAUUGAUGCUGAUGAAGAAACUCUAGAAACAGAUGAUACAAUUAUUUGUUCAGAUCUACCUCCUGAAAAUGAGAAGAAGGUAGAGGAAGAUGCCAUUAUAGAACCUGCUCUUGGAGAGGAAGCUAUAUCUAGCAGUAUCGAAAUUGACCAAAGUGAGAAGAAUGAAGAUGAAAAUUCUGCUGACCUUGCAGAAACCAUUAAUGAAAAUGUUAUGAAAGAUGACAAAAAUGAGAAUAUCUUAGAAAACACAGACUCUAUGGAGACAGAUGAAAUCAUUCCUAUUUUGGAAAAGCUUGCACCUGCUGAAGAUGAACUCACCUGCUUUUCUAAAACUUCUAUCCUUCCAAUUGAUGAGACAAAUCCAGAUUUGGAAGAGAAGAUGGAGGGUUCCUUUGGUUCACCAUCUAAACAAGAAAGUAGUGAGAGUUUACCAAAAGAAGCUUUUUUGGUCCUCUCAGAUGAAGAGGAUAUUUCGGGUGAAAAAGAUGAGUCCGAAGUUAUAUCACAAAAUGAGACAUGCUCCGCAGCAGAAGAAGAAAGUAAUAAAAAGGACAGCAAACCUGAGGAAGAAGAGCAAGUAAUACAUGAAGAUGAAAGGCCUUCUGAGAAAAGUGAAUUUUCCAGAAGAAAACGUUCUAAAUCAGAGGACAUGGACAAUGUACAGUCCAAACGCCGUCGAUAUAUGGAAGAAGAGUAUGAGGCAGAAUUUCAAGUAAAGAUUACAGCCAAAGGAGAUAUUAACCAGAAGCUACAGAAGGUUGUACAGUGGUUGCUGGAAGAAAAAUUGUGCGCGCUGCAGUGUGCUGUGUUUGAUAAGACUUUGGCAGAGUUGAAAACACGAGUGGAAAAGAUUGAAUGUAACAAGAGACAUAAAACAGUUCUUACUGAACUACAGGCCAAGAUAGCCAGGUUAACCAAACGCUUUGGAGCAGCCAAAGAAGAUCUUAAGAAAAGACAAGAAAAUCCACCAAAUCCACCUGUCUCACCAGGGAAGUCUGUGGUUGAUGUCAACAGCAAUAACAGUGUGCCCUACAGAAAUGUGACCACAGUGAGACAGAUGCUGGAGUCCAAAAGAAAUGUAAGCGAGAGUGCACCACCAUCCUUUCAAACCCCUGUGAAUACAGUAUCUUCAACCAAUCUUGUCACUCCUCCAGCAGUUGUCACUAGUCAACCCAAAUUGCAGACUCCAGUGACUUCGAGUUCUCUGACAGCACCGUCAGUUCUUCCUGCACCUAACACAGCCACAGUAGUUGCUACUACUCAGGUGCCUAGUGGAAAUCCCCAACCUACAAUCUCUUUACAACCUUUGCCGGUGAUUUUGCAUGUACCUGUUGCGGUAUCCUCCCAGCCUCAGCUCCUACAGAGCCAUCCAGGGACUUUAGUGACCAAUCAACCAUCUGGCAACGUUGAAUUCAUUUCUGUGCAAAGCCCACCUACAGUGAGUGGUCUUACCAAAAAUCCAGUAUCUUUGCCGUCCUUGCCAAACCCUACUAAACCAAACAACGUUCCUUCUGUGCCCAGUCCUAGUAUUCAAAGGAACUCUCCUGCCAGUGCUGCACCAUUAGGAACAACACUUGCUGUACAGGCUGUUCCAACAGCACACUCUAUUGUACAAGCCACAAGGACUUCUUUACCCACAGUAGGCCCGUCAGGACUCUAUAGUCCAUCAAAUAAUCGAGGUCCUAUACAGAUGAAAAUUCCAAUUUCUGCUUUUAGUACUUCAUCUUCGGCAGAGCAGACCAGCACUACCACCCCAAGAAUUGAAAACCAGACAAACAAAACAAUAGAUGCUUCUGUUAAUAAGAAAGCAGCUGAUAGCACAUCACAGAGUGGAAAAGCCGCAGGCAGUGAUUCAGGUGGUGUCAUUGAUCUCACAAUGGAUGAUGAGGAGAGUGGAGCUUCACAAGACCCUAAAAAGCUAAAUCACACUCCUGUAUCAACCAUGGGAUCUUCUCAGCCUGUAUCUCGACCGUUGCAACCCAUCCAGCCAGCACCACCUCUUCAGCCAUCUGGGGUGCCAACAAGUGGACCAUCUCAGACAACCAUACAUUUACUACCUACAGCUCCAACCACCGUGAAUGUAACACAUCGUCCAGUAACUCAGGUGACCACAAGACUCCCUGUACCAAGAGCUCCUGCAAACCACCAAGUGGUUUAUACAACUCUCCCAGCACCACCAGCUCAGGCUCCCCUGCGGGGAACUGUUAUGCAGGCUCCUGCUGUUCGGCAGGUCAAUCCCCAAAAUAGUGUCACGGUUCGAGUGCCUCAAGCAACUACUUAUGUUGUAAACAAUGGGCUCACCCUGGGAUCAACAGGACCUCAGCUCACAGUGCAUCACCGCCCACCACAAGUGCAUCCUGAGCCCCCACGCCCUGUGCACCCAGCACCCUUACCGGAAGCCCCACAACCACAGCGUCUUCCCCCAGAAGCUGCCAGCACAUCUCUGCCUCAGAAGCCACACUUGAAGUUAGCACGAGUUCAGAGUCAAAAUGGCAUUGUACUGUCAUGGAGUGUCCUGGAGGUGGAUCGGAGCUGCGCCACUGUGGACAGCUACCAUCUCUAUGCUUACCAUGAGGAACCCAGUGCCACUGUGCCCUCACAAUGGAAAAAGAUUGGAGAAGUCAAGGCACUUCCCUUGCCCAUGGCAUGCACUCUCACCCAGUUUGUGUCUGGCAGCAAGUACUACUUUGCAGUGCGAGCCAAGGACAUUUAUGGACGUUUUGGACCUUUCUGUGAUCCUCAGUCGACGGAUGUGAUCUCUUCUUCCCAGAGCAGUUAAACCUUGCAGCCUUUAUCUCUUCUCCUUUCAAAAUUUCCACUUUCGGUCUUGUUUUAAUCUUGUGCAUGAUAUCCAUUGUAAAAUCCACAUUGUGCAAGAUUUCUUGGACAGAUGUGUAUAUACACUACAUUUGUUUAUAAUCAGAAGUAAAAUAAACUCAGCCCAUAAAGCAAGAAUCUUUUUCUGGACAAUUCAAGCUUCAAGGUUUUGAAAUGUAAAUGUGCACCUUGCUUUAGUUUUGAGGCUGGGAAAUAUGUGUGGGUGUUUGUGUGUGUUUUUCCCUAUUUAUAUGUUUACUGCAGUGGAAUCUCCCAAUUUCAUUCUCAAAUUGACUUCUCUUCCGCUAUGAAGUAAGUAGGUCAAAGGAUCUGAGGUAUGUAACUAGCAUGGUUCUCUUCUGAGGGAUCUGUAGGUUUACAGGUAAAGGAUUUACACUGAAUCUAAACAAAACCCAAAGAAAGAAAGAAAGAAAAAAAGUGGUAAAUAGUUUGAAAUAGGUUAAUUUGAACACAGGAAAUGAUCUGUUCAUCUUUUCUUUUGUCUCUUCUGGGUUGUUAAUUAGGUGAAAAAGUUCUACAACUGCCCCUCCCUUUUCUUACCUGACUUUUACAUUUAUUUUGUGCCUUACAGAUUAACCGCAGAUACAAACACAGCCAUUUGUGCAUGGUCGUUUACUCUUCCCUUUCAGCCUUUCGCCCUUUGUUUCUCCUUCAUCUCCACAAAAACAGAGCACAUUCCCCUCAAAUAAAUUUUAAACCAAGUCUUUUAUAUAUAUUUCCAUCAAUGGUAUUGCUACAUUUAACUCCAAAAAUUUGACUUGCUAUUUUUUUUAAGAAUAUAAAUGCUUUUAUUUUUGGUCACUAUUUAAAUUAACUCUGUAUAAAGUGGACCAAGAGAAGACCGUAUUCAUAUUGUGUAAGAAAAAUUUCCUUCAAACAUAUUUUAGUAUGUAUGUUGCACACUGUUAGAAAUUAUGAAAGCGGUUCUAUUUCACUUUAUCACCCAAAGCAUAGUAAUCUUUCAAAGGAAGUAAACCAUAAAAUUCACAAAAUAUGGUGAGCCAAAAUAUCAAAGGGAAAAUCCAUUUCCUCUUUUUUCUCAUAUCAUUCUUUCUGUUUUAACCUUUUAACUUUGUUUUGAUGGUGCCAAGUUUUGUCUGAUUUACCCUGUGUGAACUUUGGAUAGAAUUUAAAAUAGAUCCUCCGGGGUCGUUUUAUAUAAGAAUUAGACAUAACGUCUGCGCAUCUCUGUUCCUCUUCAAAGUUAAUCAAAUUCAGCAUGGGUCAUGGAUUUUCACCAUGAGUACCAGCUCUGCUGGUGUCAGGUAGGUGUUUGAAUGUAGACAGUUUAGGACCAGAGAGCUGGGCUAAGUUUGGGGAUGAGAAUGUGGUUGGCAAUAUUUUGAAAGGACUUCAUGGAGUUUGUGAAAUAAUUUUUCAAGUCAUCUUUCCUUACCACAUUUGAAUUUGUGCUCCUACCUUCUCAAAAUGAAAUAGCCAUUAAUUUUACCUGGAAUUAUAGGAGGGAGUUAUCCCUUCUGUUAGUGCUGCUUUGUUUGCAACUUUGAUGGCUUAUAGUAGAGAGCACUCUAGUUGUAAAGGUCAGUGUGCUGUCGCGUUAGGUGUAAAGUUUGACUGAUACUCAAGAAAGCCUGUAGAUUGCCAAAAUGUAAAUGCUCCCAAACCUUUCUUUCACUGUCAGAAAAUGAGACCGCAAUGAGCAAGUUUCCAUGAGUCAAAUUUGCCAACCAACUGUGUAGAUGUUACUCAUUCUGGGACUAAUGAUGAUGGUAAAGAAGUUGCCAAUGUCAUGCCAAUGGAAAUUUCAAAAGGGAGAACCCUUCUGGAUGUGUGUGAACACCUCUCUAUAUCUGCAUGUAUGUAUGUUUUUACCUGCAGUGGUUGCAGUGUCAGUUAUAUGUUGAAGAUCAUUUCUGUCUACAGAAUAGAAAGCCCAUGUUCAAAAUUGUUCUUUAUUGGCCGGUUUUAUGGUCACGAGACAGCAAUUUGCUUACCUAGCCUAGAUAAGGUUCCCUUAGUGGAUGUUUUUAUUAAUAUUCACUAAUCUUUUUUUUUUUUUUUUACAAAAGCUUUGAUGGCAUUAUAUAAUCAGGUGAAAAAAGCCCAGUAGAAUGAAAAUAUUGCAUUAUUUUAGCCUAUAUUGUGUGUUUUCUAAGGAAAAAAAUCUCAAAUAUUAACCCUAAAAAUAGAUUUACUACAGUAAAGUAAAGCUUUUUAUUCCAGAUGGUGGAAGGAAGGGACAAAAAGAGAUUGUAAUUAUUUGAGGAAAAAGUAUAUUAUAAGAUGGUCCCCUCAAAUUAUGGGACUUUUGGGCAAUAGCUAUAUAGGAUUUGCUGAAAGGUGCUGGGCUAGAACUAUAGGCUUUUAUUUGGGGGAGGUUUUAAUGUUGAUGAGUGCUGGUUUUUUGUUUGGUUUGUUUCUUUGGGGAGAGAGAAUGGAGGACUCAACUAGAAAUAGCUACUGAUUACAGGCUUUUUUCUAGCAGUUCACACCUCAUGGUACCUUUUGUAUUUCACGGUACCUUUUCACAAAGUAUUACAUGUGAGCUUGAUUAUCCCAUUUUGGGAAUGCAAGUUUGCUACAUUUUUAGCCUGACAAUACUUGUGUAAGUAUUGCCUUAUUGGAAAUCCUGGAAACUUCUGAUAUUUCAACCUGAGAUGUAGGAUGUUUAUAUGGCAUUUAAAGGUAACAGUGAUGUUUGUUACUCCCUACUUUGCACUUUGUCAGAGUAAUUUUCACCCUGUUUUAAGUGUGAGUAAGCCUCUUUUUAAAAUUAUGUUCUUGCUAGUAAAUUUAUAAAUUACAUACAAAGGCAAAAUGUGUUGCUAACAGCUAACUUUAUGAGGUAACUAUCUCCCUCUAUUUCUCUAGACUUACUUUUUAAAAUAUGCAGAAUACUGUGUACUGUUUAACACAGUAGAAGUUUAUGAGAGAAGGGAAGAGUAGAACUUUCUUGCUGAAAAGUGAACAUUUAUUGGGAUACUGUUGGCCUCACAGAGAGGUGUUCCCCUCUCCUCACCCCCAUUGUCAGAUAGUAGAUGAAAAGUCUGAUUGAAAAAAAGUGACCUAAAGCAGGGAGCUUAGACCCUUAGGGACAUCUGUCUGUGGGAGUCUUUAGGCAGGCUGCUCCACGUGGUUCUCUUACUGUCCUGGAUAAGUGUUAACUUCGGUUUCGUUGUUUGCUCUUUUGCUUACAUUUUCUGAAUUAUCAUUUAUGCAGCAAGGUGAGUGCUAAUAUUGCAUGAUAUGCAUUUAUCUUGUUCCAUGAAUUUUCCAGUACUGUACAAGAUUAACAUGAUAAUGCCUGUGGUAUCCUCUCUCACCUUUGUACACUGUGAUCUUGGCAGUGCAGAGUACUGCAGAGACUUUCCAAGUGUUCUCCCCAACUUUCCUUCCUGGGCUACUAGUGUCCUGUGAUUUGUUAUUUUAACUUUGUCAUUGACCAGUCUUUGGCCAGUUUUAUUCUAAUUUCUGGAAAAACCAUGUCCCAGUAUUAGAGUAGAUAACUCUUGCAGAUAACUCUUACAUAAAACCACUGUAUGAUUUUGCCUUCCUUACGAUUUACUGGGCAAAUGACGCCCCCUGCCCCCUUUUUAAAUUUUGGGACAAAAGAAAAGAUUAGAAGAAUUCUCAAGUUUUGUUAGUGUGGCAGACUUGUCUAAUUCCUACAACUUAUUCCCCUUGAGCCAGCCGAUGGGGAGGAAUAGGAAGAUACAAAUACCUGGUUUGUCUUCUCAUCUUCACAUAGUUUUAUCAUGCUAAAUAUAAGGUUUUGUUAAUUUGUAGAGUCAACUAAGUACCUAUCAUUUAUAUUUAAAUGCUGUCUUUUUUUUUUUUUUUUAAGUUUUGUUUGUAAAUAAGGUAACUGGGCAAUCAAACACCUUUUGGGUAUCCUGGCUUUAGUAUUUUAUCAGCCAUUUCAAAAUUAAAUAUAAAAACAAAUCCUUUGUAGGAUACUUGCAUCCUGAUUUUUCUUUAUGACAGUUGCAAGUGUAAAUAAUAAGACAAUGUAAGACCUUCCUAAUGUCUAAUAUAAACUGGGCUAUAGCAGUUUGCCCUAUUUUUAUUAGGUUUUGAAGGUUUUUGUGGGUUUUUUCUUUUUUAAAUGUACAGUAGAGUGGUGUCUGUAUAAGUGUUAACUGUAGUGGGAUUUUGUCCAGCAAGCCUGAAAUUUAUACUUUGAAAUAAAACUACUGGAUUUGUAA